AUGUGGAUUAAUAGGCGAUAUUAUUCUACUUCGUAUUGUCAAUAUGUCAAAAUCACAUUAAUAUUGUGUUAUCAUGUGUUCUCAACUCAAUUGGUUUUGAGUAAUGAUUCAUCAUCUCCUGUAGACGAUUCAUCACAUACACUAAGUGAGAAAUCAUAUUCUGAUGUUCACUGGGAAUAUGAUGCGUCAAGAGCGGAUUUAUGGUCACCAAAAACUCCAUUGGAAGUAUGGCCUGAUUUUAAACCAAUCCAAGAAUGUGAUACACGCGAGUUUAAACAGUUUCAACCUUCUUCGAACAAACUAUCUAGUGGUUUGAAUAACCAGUUCGAAUGGACUAGUAUCAGCGUAUUUAAUUCAGAACGUGUUAAACGUGGACAUAUCCUACUCGGUGGAUCAUUUCGACGUCAACAACCAGACUCGCUGGAGGCAAGCGAUACUGUAUCCCCACGACAAAAUAGUCAUGUAUUUUUAUGCCAUUUAGAUAUGAAAUCUGAUCGGGAUUCCCUGUUGGGAUUUGGAUUCAAUGAGAAUCCGUGUACUCUGCUGGAACAAACUUCUACUAGCAGUGUAAAUGAUCAUGAAUUUCUUGGUGCGUCAAGUGAAGCGUUGAAAAUCAAUCAAGAUAUUAGUUUAUUGUAUAUUGUGAUCCUUUAUGGAGAGCAGGUUCAAAAGUUCCAGUAG